CAAGAUUAUCUGAUGAUGACGAUAGUGACACAAUAACAACAUACACGUUUUUCACAGAAAGAUGCAUCGUGGAGAAGGUGCGUUAUCAAUAUUAUAAGAUAUAGGUCUAUCAGGACCACGUGCGUCAUUUUGUCGGGGGAAUGAAUGGAUGUUUCGAUUAAGUAGAUUGAUCUUACUAGGAUUUUUAAAAUGGUUACUAGGAUGGAAUGAGUUAAUAAAUGUUUCCAAUACUACAACACGAUGGUUACUACAAUGCAAGCCAUAGGGUCUAUGUUAAUUAUCCAUCAACUAUUAAAUGGACUGGUUAUAAGCCAGAAUUGUUCCUGUUCUGUAGAUAAGGAGAUGGCGACUAGAGCUUAUUCAACAGGUCAUAUCGAAAAUGCAUGCAACUUUUUUAAAGACCAGCAGUGGUGUUGCUCAGUUGAUGUAACUUGUCCUGAUGAAGUUUGUGAUACAAAGAACCAAUUCCUGUAUACAAGCCGCACAUGUGUCCCUACCGUUCCAAUUAUCGAGUGUUUAGAUGCAAGAUUAAAUCAAUCGCUAUAUGGCAAAUCUCCUGUCGAAAACUGUCCGACAAUUACAACAUUUCUACAAUGUGCAGCUGAUCAGGAAAACAGCAGGCUGUAUUCAACCGUUGGAGGGAUCAGUUUCAACUUACUGAAGAACUAUUCCAUACAGCUAUGUGAAGGUACCAUGGACGUGAUUUAUACCAGCUGUAAUUCAUUUAUGAACUGUUACAAAAAAUUGUUUAAUGGACGGAUGAAUGUGAAUGUUUUUGAAAAUUCAUCUUGGUGGUGUAGGCAACUUCACCAUGCAGUAGAAUGUGCUGGACUCCAUCCCACUGGUCUGUGCCAAGACAUAGAUUACACAGUAUUAAAACAAAAACUGCCUUUGAAUCACCACAAGAAUUGGUCAGAGUUUUGUAACCAAGAACCAACAACCACAACCACGACCACAACCACAACCACAACAACUAUAUCCAUUGUUUCUAACUACUGCCCGGAUCUUUUGAUCGGUACAUCUUACCACUGUAAAGGUAUUUUGGCAAGUCUGAUAGUGGUUGGACUUCUUGUCUUGAUGCUCACCAUUCUUAUCAUUAUUCUGGUAUUCGUCAGAAGAAGGAGGAGAAGAAAGAGGAGAAGAAGGAGGGAUCAGUUUGGCUCCCGAAGACUUAUGCGUAAGAUAUCAACUUGAUGUGGUAAAGGAUACUUGUGUUGACCUUUUUGGGAGAUCCGCCAUCUUAUUUUGGUUUGUGAACGAAGAAGAAAUUAUUGGGAGACUGGAAUUUUUCAGUUGCUGUUAUGCUCUGUAUUAUGUUGUGUUGCCAACCACCAGAGAAGAUAUUAUAUAGUGUUUACUUAUUUAUAGUGUUCAAUAUUAUGGAUGCAUUAUAUAAGCGAUAAAUCUGAUAUUUGUAGGUCUUUGUUUCGGCCUCAAAUCCUUUUAUAUAGAUUGUUAUUUAAGCAUUUGACAAAUCCAUAAUCAGCUGUCUAGAACAUCGGAUGACCGUGAUUUUGAACAGAUUACAGCAUCAGCGCCAUUUUGUUAUUUAACGUUAAAAUGGAUAAUCGAGUCUUUGUUUAUAAUCGUAGCAAUGUCACAUGACAAGCAAGAUUAUAUAGAGGAAACUUUCCAUUAUCUAUUUUUAAACUAUUAUAGUAAGAACUCGUACGUAACUAACGUACGAAAAUUAAUUGGUGGCUAGCUUUUUUUUCGCACGUAUACAGUGAAUGGCCAUUUUGCUCAGUAAUCCCAGCCAGAAUUUGGCUAUUUUCUAAAUUUGCGUUAAAGUUUAAAAUAUUUGUUUUAGAACUGAAACACAUUAACUAUUAGUCAAUCCCAACGCUAAAAACAUCAACAAAAUUGAUUGUGUAUGUCUGAAAUAGACCCGACCGACGCACAAAAUAGUGCAAUAUGGCGGCCUCUAUGAACAACCCUCGCAGACGCUGUCAUUGAAGACAACGUCAAUUCUAUGAGUUGUAGAUGUUAUUUUUGUGAAAAAUCAUUGGAAGAAGAGAGAACAUGUUGGGACUGUACGAAUUAUAUAGUCUUUAUGGGUGCAACGGACACAAUGCUGAAGAUAAACCUAUUGUUUACAAUGUUGACCUGUUGACCUCUUGACCCAUUGACGCCAAUGUCAUGAUCUGUGAUGUGUAGAUCACGUGAUAUGGAUGUCAUGGCUACUGACUGUGUCUGAGAUACUUCUCCGCAGGUAGCGUGUCUUAGUUGUUCAGAAUGGUAAGAACUGUCAGGCCUUUACGUUCAUAUAAAAAUGAAUUAUAUGGCUUGAAAUGGGUAAUAUUAUGUCACUUUCGGUUUUAUUACUUAUUAGCAUAGCUGACCUCAAUGUGCAUAAUAUCCGGUUAAUUUGUCGCCCGGAUAAUUAUUGACCCGGUUAAAGUCCAAGGUGAGAUAAUCUAAAUCUUUUGGUGGGGGCCCCCACCUGUCUUGUGUUGGCUGGUCCUGUAGGACGUAAAAAUCCUUUUAGCCUUUUGUGCCAUGUUGCCCCAUUUGUCUUUGACCUCUUUUAUGCUUAGUGAGGCAACAUUUUGCAGAUUUACUUUUUGUGUAAUACUUUUCCAUAUUUCAUUUUUUUUACGAUUUGUAAUCUCAUUAAACAAUUUUGAAUUUAUAAUGAGACUAUGUUGUUCCACCAAGGUUUGGUUUAAAUUUUCAUCCUCAAUUGUAAAAUUCUUGCUCCUUGAUUUUCUUUUUUUGUCUGUUGCAGUAACGUUGUCGGCCAUUUUGCAAAAAAAUGUUUAAUGUACCGGUAACCAGGAUGUAGAAAUUAAUUGUGGGUAAAGUUAUCCGUCGGACCUUGGAUUAACUGUAAUGAAUCCGUUAGCUAACGGAUAAUGAAAUUGACUUUCCAGCAACAGAAAUUUAACAGACCGUUAACAAACGACACGUUAGCUAGAUAACGAUCCGUUAGAAUUUAACAGAUCGUUAAAAUAACUUAGUUUUGAUCAACCGGCCACUGAUAAUUAUUUAUCCGGUUAAAAGUCCAAGGGGAGAUAAUCUAAAGAAAACCUGCUUUUUUUUCAUAUUCCUUUAUUGAUGUUCUGUAAUUAUAUUAUGCGCGUGUACCAUUUCAAGCAUCAUUUUAAAAACUUUACUAAAUUAUAUCACAUUUUAAGCAUUUACAAAAGACAUCUAAAAUGUUUUAAAAGACUGAAACUU